AUGGCGGGUCAUGGCUUUUAAAGGCCUCCAUUCCUAUUUCCUACCUCUCUGAGUUAUUUCAUUGAAGCGCACUCAACGUUCUCCAUUGAAGCGUUCUCCGCUGAAUCUAAUUCUUGUAUCCCCCAUUGAAGCAGCCUCUAAGCAAUUUAGCAAGCCUUCCAGAUUAGAUUUACAAGAUGCCGAGGACGAGAGCCGCUGCAGCAGCAGCUACAGUCCCAGAUACUAAUGAGAAGGCCAGUGAACCAGAAAAGGAGAUUGAAAAUGAGGAGAAGGUAGAUUUGGAUGGGGAAAAUGAUCCUGAAGAAACAUUAGAGGAAGAGGUUGAGUACGAAGAAGUGGAAGAAGAAGUGGAGGAAGAGGUGGAAGAAGAGGAGGAGGUAGAAGAGGAGGUGGAAGAGAUAGAGGAGGAAGAGGAAGAAGUAGAAGAAGAAGAAGAGGAAGAGGCUGAUGGUACUGAAAAAGCGUGUGAUGCUGAUAUUGAUAUGGUGGAAGGGGAUGACAAAAAAAAGCAUGCUGAGCUCCUUGCACUUCCUCCUCAUGGUUCAGAAGUUUAUAUUGGUAAUAUACCUCAAGAUGCUACCGAGGAAGAUUUGAGGGGAUUUUGUGAAUCUAUAGGAGAAGUCGUGGAGGUCAGGAUAAUGAAAGGUAAAGAGCCAGGUGAAAACAAAGGAUAUGCUUUUGUGAUGUUCAGGUCAAAGGAGAUGGCCUCUAAAGCUAUGGAAAAAUUGAAUGGCACUGAACUGAAGGGCAAGAAAGUAAGAUGUUCCUCCUCACAAGCUAAGCAUAAGCUCUUUAUUGGUAAUAUUCCUAAAACUUUGGGAGAAGAAGACUUAAGGAAUGCGGUUUCAGAGUUUGGGCCUGGAGUGAUUGCUAUUGAACUCCUGAAGGACCUACAAAAUUCCAGUCGUAACCGUGGAUUUGCAUUCAUUGAGUACUAUAAUCAUGCUUGUGCUGACUAUGCAAGACAGAAGAUGUCAAAAGCUGAUUUCAGGCUUGGUGAUAAGUCUCCUACAGUCAGUUGGGCUGACCCUAGUCCUAAGAGCGGAUCAAAUGCAGAAUCUUCUGGAGUUUCUGAGGUUAAGGCUGUCUAUGUCAAGAACCUGCCCAAAGAUGUCACGCAAGAUAUGUUAAAGGAUUUGUUUGGGCGACAUGGGAAAAUUACCAAAGUUGUUUUGCCACCUGCAAAAGCUGGGCAAGAGAACAGCAGAUUUGGCUUUGUGCAUUUUGAAGAAAGGUCAAGUGCUUUGAAAUCUUUGAAGAACACCGGUAGAUAUGAACUUGAAGGUCAAGUUCUAGAUUGCUCUUUGGCAAAGCCACAGGCUGACAAAUCAUCAUCAGGGUCCAAUCAUCAGAGAUUGGCUUUACUUCCUAAUUACGGGCCUCGUGUUGGCUGUGGCAUGUUUGGUGGGGGAUUUGGUGCUGUUGGUGCAGGAUAUGGUGGUCCAGGGACUCCAGGCCUAACUCAACCACUACUUUAUGGCGGCGGGAGAGGUUCAGGUCCUGCUGGUAUGGCAAUGAUGCCGAUGCUUCUACCAGAUGGAAGGAUUGGAUAUGUACUGCAACAACCUGGAGUGCAUCCACAGACCCCCCCUCCACAGCAACAUCGAGGCGGUAGAAGUGGUGGUGGUGGUGGUAGGGGGGCCUCUUCUAGUGGAGGAAAGCGGGGUGGUUAUAACAGCGGUGGUCGGGGACGGAGUCGUUACAACCCUUACUGAGGUUAAGCUGCUGAGGCCUUCCACUCUCUAUCUGGAUGGUGCGACUGGAAUCUUCGUUUUUGACAGUUGUAACAAAUUUAAUUUAUGGUUAGGAUUGCAGGAAUUAUGUACUCUAAAAAUGAAAUCAACCUGUAUUAUCUUGUGGAUUUGUCUAUUAAUUUAAUGUCAUGUCUAGUUACAAAUGGUAAUGUAUACUCGACGAAGUCUUAGGCGAUGAUCUUUCGGGGCAGGGCAAGGAUUUGAAGGUAGGUGGAUUCUUGCAUUGUACUGUAGUGAACGAUGCCUUUAAUCUUUAUGCCCAUAUGCUCAAUGCUUGUGUAAUUAUUUCUCAUGGUUAUUACCGUUGAAAAUAGUUUUGACAA